AUGGUUGGCCUUGUUUCGGCGGCAGGUUUAGUAGGGUUCCUUUCCGAACCGGAUACCGAGCUUAAGGUGUUUGCCCUGAAGGCCCUUGACGCCCAGGUUGAUCUGCUAUGGACUGAAAUUGCUGGAUCUGUUGGGCAGAUAGAAGCCUUGAGCGAAGAUGAAUCAUUCCCGGAACGUGAACUUGCUUCCCUUGUUGCUGCUAAGGUGUACUAUCACCUACAAGAGUAUAGCGAGAGCAUGGUUUUUGCUUUAGGAGCUGGUAAUCGGUUCGAUAUUGAGAAUGGCGGAGAGUUUGAAGAGACCAUUAUCUCAAAAUGCGUGGAUACUUUCAUCUCAACAUGUUCGAUGCUCAAGGCUGCACAGUCUGCUGGGCGAGGUGGCGCUCCCCAGCUAAACACCUCAUUUCCACGGAAUGAAGGGGGUGUUUCAAGUACAUCUGCUGGCUUAAGCUCCCCUAUAACUCCGUUUUCACAGUCUGCUUUACCUUCGAAGUCCCUCCUAUCGCGCCCCGAGUCAUCCGUGGAAUCUGGUUAUCCCGUUGGCGAAGAUGUUGGCGCAGAUGGUGACGAGGUGCCCUUGGUACUUCAACGUGGGAUUCAGAGGCAGCUGCAAAAUGUCAUUAAGCGGCUCUUUGACCGAUGUUUCGAACAGCAGAGAUACCGCCAAGUUAUCGGUAUCGCCGUGGAAGCCAAAAAUCUCGAUAUCGUUCGAGUAGCUAUUCUGCGGGCAGCUCACGAUGCCAAGCAGCAAGGUGUUGAGCCGUCGAAGAGGGGAGAGGAGCUGAUGGAGUACGUUUUGGGGAUAUGUAUGAACGUUGUCCAAGAACGAGGGUUCAGAGACGAGAUCCUAAAACUUAUUCUUGAGCUCCUAAACGAGAUUCCCUCCCCUGACUACUUCUCUAUCGCCAAAUGUGUUGUCUAUUUGAACGAACACUCAAUGGCAUCCGAUAUUCUGCAAAAACUAGUUGAGAAGGGUGAUGCUAGGUCCCUGGCCGUAGCUUAUCAGAUCUCUUUUGAUCUUUAUGAUAAUAGCACCCAGGAGUUUUUGAAAAAGGUUCGACAGGAGCUAUCGGCAGUAAUCCCUGAAUCCAACGAAACCGAUCACUCCGAGAAAAUGGAAGAGGAACCAAAGGAAACCGAUCAACUGCUUGGUGAUAACGAGGAACAAACCACUCAAUCCACUUCUACACGUGGAGGUAAAAAAUUGACAGAUAAAGCACGAGCUUCGCUAAAAUCCAUUCGAAGUAUCCUGGAUGGCGCUAACUCAAUCCAACUUAACCUUGAGUUCUUGUACCGAAAUAACAAAGCCGACAUUGCAAUAUUGGAUAAAAUUAAGGAUAGCUUGGAGGCGAGGAACUCAAUAUUCCACACCGCAGUUACCUGCGCCAAUGCUUUCAUGCAUGCAGGAACUACACACGACAAGUUCUUCCGUGACAACUUGGACUGGUUAGGAAAGGCUGUGAAUUGGUCAAAGUUUACUGCCACUGCCGCCCUCGGUGUCAUUCAUCGCGGUAAUCUUACACAGGGACAGAAGCUCCUCGCACCAUACCUCCCCAAGGAGUCAAUGGCAGGCGUUGGAAAUGCCGGUUCAGUAUAUAGCCAAGGUGGUUCGUUGUAUGCUUUCGGUUUGAUCUACGCCAACCAUGAAGGUUGGGCGGUGGAUCACAUCCGCGAGCAUUUCAACAAGGCCACUGAAGAAGUGGUGCAACAUGGAGGUGCUCUUGGCCUGGGAGUAGCAGCGAUGGGAACCGGUGACGAAGGGAUCUAUGCGGAUCUGAACAAGGUUUUGAACGCUGAUUUGGCGCUGAAUGGUGAGGCCGUUGGUCUCGCUAUGGGUCUAGUCAUGUUGGGAUCCGGAAACAUGAAAGCCCUUGAGGAUAUGAUCCAGUAUGCACAUCUAACGCAGCACGAGAAAAUUAUUCGUGGUCUUGCUAUGGGCAUGGCAUUGAUCAUGUAUGGCCGUCAAGAAGCGGCGGAUGAGCUGGUCAAUGGGCUGCUGGGUGAUCCUGACCCUACGUUACGAUAUGGUGGAAUCAUGGCGAUUGCGCUCGCCUACUGUGGAACUGGAAGUAAUAAGGCUGUCCGAAAACUUCUUCAUGUUGCUGUUAGCGAUGUCAGCGAUGACGUCCGCCGCGCUGCAGUUAUGAGCUUAGGGUUCAUCCUGUUCCGCAAGCAUCAGAGCGUUCCACGCAUGGUCGAACUCCUCUCAGAGUCCUAUAACCCGCAUGUACGAUAUGGGGCGGCCAUGGCACUCGGAAUUUCUUGCGCUGGCACUGGCUUAGAUGAAGCUAUCGACCUUCUAGAGCCAAUGCUUAAAGAUCCCACGGAUUUUGUCCGCCAGGGUGCGUUGAUUGCACUCUCUAUGGUUCUUGUCCAACAGAAUGAAACAAUGAACCCGAAGGUUGGUACUAUUCGUAAGGCAAUGCAAAAGGUUAUUGCAGACCGACAUGAGGAUGCUAUGGCUAAAUUCGGCUGUGCACUUGCUCUUGGAAUCAUCGACGCUGGAGGUCGCAACUGUACUAUCAGCCUACAGACCCAAUCUGGUAACCUCAAUAUGCCUGGAAUCGUGGGAAUGGCAGUGUUUACACAGUAUUGGUACUGGUUCCCAUUGACCCAUUUCCUGUCUCUCAGCUUUACACCAACCGCUGUGAUUGGUGUUGACCAGAAGCUGGAAGUCCCCAACUUCAAGUUCCACAGCAACACUCGCCCGAGCCUGUUUGAUUAUCCUCCAGAACAGCAGGUGAAGGCAGAUGAGGCACCAGAGAAGAUCAAAACGGCAGUCUUGUCAACAACUGCACAGGCCAAACGGAGGGCGCAGAAGAGAGAGAAACAGCGAAGUGGAAGCAUCGAUAUAGAUCAAACCCCAACCACGCCAAAGUCUACCGCUCAGCAGCUUCCAGAUAAAAUGGAUGUUGACGAAACGGCACAUAAGGCUGAGGAGGAGAAAGCUGGUGACAAGGAGGCCGCUGCUGUGGCAGAACCCAAACGGAAGCCAGAGAAAGAGAAGGUUGGCUACGAGAUAUCGAACUUGUCGCGAGUGCUUCCAGCUCAAGUAAAGUACAUCUCAUUCCCUGACCAGAGAUACGAGCCCGUCAAGAAGCCUACUGGCGGAGUUGUUGUUCUUCUGGACAAGAAACCAUCCGAACCGCGUGAGAUCAUUGAAUUGAGCGCCAGCAAAGAAACUAGGCCAGCUGCUACUGCCGGCAACCAAGGCAGCACUGUUCAGGGCCGUCUUAGCGCCGCACUCCAAGGUGCUGCACCAGCCGCCUCUGCUGCACCUACCACUCCGGCCCGACAGGGCGCUACCGCCGGCGCCGCUGCCGCUGCGGGCGUGCUUACGGCUGUCGACGAGGACGAGGGAGUCGAGGAAGCUCCCGUGCCAGAUGAGUUUACAUAUGAAACCGAAGGCGAGGAUGAAGAGCUCUGA